AACUGGUCUUAAGGAAAUAAAUGGGACAAAUUAACACUGUGAACUCUUCCCAGGGUGGGGCUACCUGGUUUACUUCUGGCUCUUUCUCUGCACCCAACAGCAUUCAUAGUUUUAUUUCCUGAUCUCCCAGCCUCACCUGGAGUGCUGUCACAGCCAGUGACACAGGCAGGAAUGCAGCAGAUGAGACUCACUCUCGUGGUCUUGGCUGCCUGUGUGACUCUUCGAACUUCGGAAGCCAUACUACCCAUUGCUUCCAGCUGUUGCACAGAGGUUUCACAUCAUGUUUCCAGAAGGCUUCUAGAAAGAGUGACUAUGUGUCGCAUUCAAAGAGCUGAUGGGGACUGUGACUUGGCUGCUCUCAUCCUUCAUGUGAAGCGCAGAAGAAUCUGUGUCAGCCCACACAAUCACACUGUUAAGCAGUGGAUGAAAACACAAGCAGCAAAGAAAAAUAGCAAAGGCAACAUCUGCCCUAAGAAGAAACUCCACAGCAAGAGGAAAAAUAAGGGAUCAAAUCAGGAGAAAAUGUGAAACUUACGGCCAUAAAAUUCCUGUAGAGUUUACUAGUGAACUUACAAAGAGAUUCUUUAAGUGAACAUGGCCAUGACUAGUCAUAAAUGUGAAUUUUCCUUAUUAGCAGCCCAGGGAGCAAAACAAAUACUGGUUCUUAAAAAAUGCACAAUUGUGGGAAGUAAUCUUAAAUUUCAAGGUAAGGAUUGCCUGCAGGAACCUGCUGCGCUUUUCUAAUAGAGUUCACUGUCCUGCUGUCUUCACGGCUUGGGAGGAUUUUGGCCAGGAGAUCCUGAAACAUGAAACCAAACCAGAAUUUUGAUUUUUCUUAAGUGUUAUCCUUUCCUUUAACCUCUAUUCUUUUUUCUUAGCAUCAUACUCAAAGAAAGGAAGAAUGGAUGACAGUGGAGGAGAGUUCACCAGCCUGGUGACACAUGCUUAUAAUCCUAGAAUUUGGGAAGCUCAGGCAGGUGGAUCUUGAGUUCAAGCCUAGCCUAGGUUACAUAAUAAGCUUAAGGCCAGCCUGUCUCAAAAAACAACAAAGAAAAAGCAAAAACAGCAACAAAAAUUUAACAUGUUUACAAAUGUCCUGUUGGCUCAUAGAGAAAUGAUUUAAUUCCAGCCAUCAAAUAUUAGGUUUAUCUAGUCCUUCAAAAUUGCCCAAAAUGAAAGAGCUAAAAUGAAAUCAUUUGAAUAAACUCAAAACAACAAAACAACAAAGAUAAAAGUAAGUGCAAAGGUAGCCUACGAUAUACUCAACUAAAAAUUAAAGGAAAAUUUAACACCUUCACAUGAUAUUUUUAGUAGGAGAAAAUAGGUAUAAUUUCUCCAAGUUGUUUUUAAUUAUGAAGUUUUGUAAUCCUGCAGAGAAACUGAAAAAACAUACAGAAGACUUGUUUCUUAUACCUAGAUUAAUCAUUCAUAACUCAUCCCUUUCUCUCACUACUUCGAGUGUGUAUAUACAACAUUACAGUAUAUAAAUAACUUUUGCUAAGCCAUUGGAAAGAAGUUGCAAACAUCAUGACAUUUCUGUUUUCUUUUACUGUAAGAAAAUCCCUGAGACCAGAUGAUUUAUAAACAAUGUAUUUGGCUCACAGUUCUGGAGGCCAGUUCAAGAGCAUGGCACCAUCAUAUAGCUGGCAUCAGGCAAUGGCCUUCUUGCCACAUCAUAAUAUGACAGAGGGUGUCGUAUGGCGAGACCAAGCAAGUGUGCUAGCUCCAAUCUCUCCCUCUUCCUAUAAUGGCACUAAAUGGCUUCAUGGAGACCCUGUACUCAUCUAAUCCUAAUUACCUCCCAAGGGCCCUACCUCCAAAUACCAGCAUAGGAAUUUGAACAUUAAAUUUCCAAAACACGAAUUUAAAAAAUUUUUAAUUUAUUAAUACAUGUUUGUAAUUCAUACAAUUCAAUCAUCUUGGGGAGUGGUAAUAUGUACACACCAGAGCUUUUUCAUCUUUUUAAAUUCCCUUCUUUUGUCCCUCUCCCUCCCUCCUCCAAUUCCCCUGUCCGCCAUCCUUGUUGAUAUCAUUAAUCUUAGCUCAUGUUGUGGCACAUAAUGUUUACAUUAAUUGAAGUUACUAGGUUACUGUAAUGGCGUAUUUUUAUUCUUACUUCCCCGUCCCCUCCUCCUCAUCCCUUGCACUUUUUUCCUUGAAUCACGUCCAUAUUGCAAGAAAUCCACCUCCUGUUCCCUUCUAGCCAUCCUCUGUUAUUCUCCUUCUUUGCACUUUGCCACACUCAAACGUCCAACACAUGAACUUUUGCAGGACACACUUGAACCACAGCAAUAUUUUACCUCCACUUUCCUCUUACUGUUGUAACUUGGUAUUCCCCAAGAAUAAAUGAAUUUUUCUACACAG